AUGCUUGUCUCCGGAGCCACUGCACUGGAGAAGGAACUCCUGGCCUGUCGGAUCGUCUUCUGGUUACGUGAGAACUAUAGAUUAGGGCGCAGCGGAUCGUUGGCCAAGGAGGAGGUCUACGGAGACUAUCUCAACUCCAUGGAGCCGAACAAGACCGACCCCGUAAUCGUUCCCACCUACUUUGGUAAGCUCGUGAAGAAGGCAUUCCCCUCGGUGCGUUGCAACCGCAAGGGGCCUCGGGGCAAGGCCAAGCAACACUACACCCACCUGCAGCGGGUCGACCACCAGCGGGAGGCCGAACGCCAACGAUUCAACAGCUUCGCACUCACCGAGCAGGCCGCGCCUUCAGCCACUAAGCCCACCGCCACCACCUCGGCGAGCCUUGGAGGCCCCAAGCACGCACCAUUCCAGAGCUACAUAUCGAGCGAGCUGAGUUAUCUCAACUACCUCCUUAAGAAGGCGGACCCUGCCUCGACUGCCGGUAGGUCGGGCUCGGGCGACUACGACGGCUGGGUACUGUCCAAGCCCUCCGAGACCUCCAGCGCCCCCAAUACGCGCGAGGGCCGCACAGACUCUCCCGCGGCCGGCGGAAUGCCGCCAGCCAUGGCCAGCGUGGGCGAAGCGGACGGAGACAAGCGCGACUGGGACUGGGUGUUUGUCCACAACAAGCCGCAGCCGAGGAAGAAGCACUCGCCGUCGGCGGCCAGAGCUGACCCGUGCACGGCGAAGAACUCCAAUGCCCACAAGCGCGAUCGGGAUGCUCGCAGCGGUAGCGAUGAAGACCCCGAAGAAGCCGAGGGAGCUGGUGCCAAGCGGAGGCGAGGCUAUGCCGAGGAAGCCAACGGAGCUGACCGGAGAGAGGAGCAGAGGGCACAGCAGUCGGCGGUGACGAGGGAAUUCGCCCUCGACCUCACCGUGUUCUCCGUCUCCUUCACAUUCGCCCUCAUCAUCUGCAUUCCGCUCCACUUCUUCUUCUUCUUCCUCUUCAUCUUCGCUCUACGUUCCCUCAUCGGCGCUAGACCCUCAUCUGCCUCUCCUGCCCGGCCCGCCGCAGGUCACAGCUCCAUAGCGGUGGUGUCGCCGGCGGAUAUCCGAGACGGCGAGACCCAGUCGCCGCCGUGCCCCACCGGCUACAUCAACAGCAACAGCAACGACCCGUCACAGAGCGGCCAGUACCUCGGCCUACCGUUCAACACCUCGUCGCCGUUCACCUGUUCGUCGUUCUCGUCGUCUUCGUUCUCGUCGACGACAGCGCUGUCGUGGCCCCAGAACCUGUCCACCACCUCGUCCUUCGCCGGCCCGUCGACCUCUUCGCUGCCUCAGCCCCCGUCGCUCGCCACCUGCUCGCCCGAAUUCUCGGGCUCACCUUGCCCGCCAGAGUUCUUCGCCUCCUGGCACAGCCUCUCUUCCUCCUCUUCACCUGCGCUGCAGUCAUCGUCAGCAGCGCUCCCGUCGGCCUCCUACCACUCGCAGCUCCUGUCCGACAUCGAGCCCUACGACUACCAUCAGCAUCAGCAUCAACAGCACCACCAGCAUAGGUCACAGCAGGAACCGAGCUAUCACUACAACUCGCACCAGCAGCACCAGCAGCACCAGCGUUGUGGUGAGGUGCCAGCUUACUACGGCCAUAGCGGAGCUGUGUCGAACUACGCUCCGCUGCCGCCCAGGCCCAUGUCGUCGGCGCCGAUGUCCUACCACACGGGGACCUACCUGGACCCUCAGCCGACCCACACCAACCCUGUGCUACAGCACUCGCGGGCACUUUGCGGCGACGAAGCGGACCGAGGCUUUGCGCCCCUCAAGUUCGGCGGAGCCGGCACACCGGUCCCGGACCACCACCGCCUUCCGCCCGGCUACCCCAACCGCACCCCCUUUGGCAGCUACAACCCCCACUCCGCCUUCUCCCACUUUUCGUCUCACCCUUGA